AUGGGAUCUGUUCCAUCCUGGUUCCAAGGGUUUAAUCGAGACAAGCUAUUNGAAGGGCCUUUAGGGUUUGAUAAAGCCACCGGGAAGAGUAAAGGGUUUGCGCUUUUUGUGUAUAAGACGCCAGAGGCAGCGAGGGCGUCUUUGGUGGAUCCUAUAAAGAAUAUUGAUGGGCAUCAGUUGAAUUGUAAGUUGGCGAUUGACGGAAAAAAGGGGAAAGUGGGUCCUGGGGGAGGUCAGGCGCCGACGGGGAUUCCUGUGGAGGCCCACGGUGAUGGGGUUGGAUUGAACCAGCCGGCUUCUGUCCCAGGUUCGCAGUUUGGUGGUCCGGGUGGACUUGGGGGUUAUGGUGGGUUUUCGGGAGGGUUGCAAGGGCCGUCUCCAUUGGGUCAGGGUCAUCAUCCUCUGAAUUCUUCUUUGGGUGGUCCAGGGUUGUCGUCCCUUGGUAGUCAAGGACAAUCUACUUUGGGUAUUAGUGGUGGGUUUGCUUCUGGGCUGGGUGGGCCUUACAGUGGCUCUCAUUACGGGGGACCUGGUUCAUCUGCUUAUAGCGGAUUGGGUAGUGCUGGUGGCGGGGGUUUUCAAAUUAUUCUCGCCGAAACUCCUUUGAUGGAUCUUAUCAAAAAAAGAAAACUAGAUGAGAAUGGCGUCGUUCUGGUUGACCCCUCCGACGGCGGACCGAAUAAACUCACUCUCGAAGACGCUCGCAAGAUCAUCGAGCCUUUCACUCAGGAACAACUCUUCGAGAUCGUCCAAAACGCCGCCGUUAGGCACCUAGACGUACUCGACGCAGUUAGAUCCAUCGCUGACCGUGAUCAUACUCAGCGCAAGCUUUUCAUCCGUGGUCUCGGCUGGGACACGACCACUGAGAAGCUCCGAGCUAUCUUCUCCGCCUAUGGUGAACUCGAAGAAGCUGUGGUGAUUUUGGACAAGGCCACCGGAAAAUCCAAAGGCUAUGGUUUUAUCACUUUCAAACACAUAGAUGGAGCUUUGUUGUCUUUGAAGGAGCCGAGCAAGAAAAUCGACGGUCGAAUGACUGUGACGCAAUUGGCGUCGGCUGGGAUGUCAGGUGGGCCCACGGGGAAUUCGAAUUCGCCGGAUAUUUCGUUGAGAAAGAUUUAUGUGGCGAAUGUGCCGUACGACAUGUCGCCGGACAGAUUGUUGGUGCAUUUUUCGAUGUAUGGAGAGAUAGAGGAAGGGCCUUUAGGGUUUGAUAAAGCCACCGGGAAGAGUAAAGGGUUUGCGCUUUUUGUGUAUAAGACGCCAGAGGCAGCGAGGGCGUCUUUGGUGGAUCCUAUAAAGAAUAUUGAUGGGCAUCAGUUGAAUUGUAAGUUGGCGAUUGACGGAAAAAAGGGGAAAGUGGGUCCUGGGGGAGGUCAGGCGCCGACGGGGAUUCCUGUGGAGGCCCACGGUGAUGGGGUUGGAUUGAACCAGCCGGCUUCUGUCCCAGGUUCGCAGUUUGGUGGUCCGGGUGGACUUGGGGGUUAUGGUGGGUUUUCGGGAGGGUUGCAAGGGCCGUCUCCAUUGGGUCAAGGUCAUCAUCCUCUGAAUUCUUCUUUGGGUGGUCCAGGGUUGUCGUCCCUUGGUAGUCAAGGACAAUCUACUUUGGGUAUUAGUGGUGGGUUUGCUUCUGGGCUGGGUGGGCCUUACAGUGGCUCUCAUUACGGGGGACCUGGUUCAUCUGCUUAUAGCGGAUUGGGUAGUGCUGGUGGCGGGGUAGGUGGUGCUGGUCGUGGGUCUUCACUGUACGGGUUGCCGCCGAGCUCGGGUGGAAUAACUUCUGGAGAUUAUCCUCAGAGUGCGCACUAUAGUUUGUCAUCGGCCGCUUACCAAAGCCAACAUAACCAGGCGGCAGGGUUUGAUAAAGCCACCGGGAAGAGUAAAGGGUUUGCGCUUUUUGUGUAUAAGACGCCAGAGGCAGCAAGGGCGUCUUUGGUGGAUCCUAUAAAGAAUAUUGAUGGGCAUCAGUUGAAUUGUAAGUUGGCGAUUGACGGAAAAAAGGGGAAAGUGGGUCCUGGGGGAGGUCAGGCGCCGACGGGGAUUCCUGUGGAGGCCCACGGUGAUGGGGUUGGAUUGAACCAGCCGGCUUCUGUCCCAGGUUCGCAGUUUGGUGGUCCGGGUGGACUUGGGGGUUAUGGUGGGUUUUCGGGAGGGUUGCAAGGGCCGUCUCCAUUGGGUCAAGGUCAUCAUCCUCUGAAUUCUUCUUUGGGUGGUCCAGGGUUGUCGUCCCUUGGUAGUCAAGGACAAUCUACUUUGGGUAUUAGUGGUGGGUUUGCUUCUGGGCUGGGUGGGCCUUACAGUGGCUCUCAUUACGGGGGACCUGGUUCAUCUGCUUAUAGCGGAUUGGGUAGUGCUGGUGGCGGGGUAGGUGGUGCUGGUCGUGGGUCUUCACUGUACGGGUUGCCGCCGAGCUCGGGUGGAAUAACUUCUGGAGAUUAUCCUCAGAGUGCGCACUAUAGUUUGUCAUCGGCCGCUUACCAAAGCCAACAUAACCAGGCGGCAGGUGCAUCCCCGGUACCAAGAGUUCCACACGGAGGAUUAUACCAGGGCUUGGGCCCUUACUACUGA